AUGAACACUAUACUAUACAUAGAUCGCAAGCUUGAAGAGCAGCUGAAACUGGAUAAAGGCUCUGGUUGUGAGAUGCCGGUGUUGGACCCAUUUGCAAAAGAAGUGACGCAGUUUGACAAGGAUCUACCCAAUAUAAAAUGCAAAGGCCCCGACUGGGUUAAAUGUUAUCUUUCAGAGUGCAGAGUGAUCAAAGAGAUACUCGUUAAGUAUGAAAAUGUUACUUGUAUAUACAGUGACAUAGUGUAUAUAAAUGAUGACCAGUAUGACAUUGCAAAACCGGUGAUAGUGAGAGGGGCCGAUGUCUACCACCUGAAGCGGAGCGACCACGCCAAAGUAACAUGUAUCGGGUUUAUUAAAAGAUUUCUGUGGCUAAAGUUUAUCUCCAAAUGGAGGGGUCACGUGGCCGGCUUUCGGUCAACAGUACCCCGCCCCCUCCCCUCACCCAUUUCCGAGGAGCUCCCCACCAACAUACUGAUAUUCGGCUUCGACUCCACCGCUAGAAAUGGUUUCAUACGGCGAAUGCCCAAGAGCUACAGAUACUUGACGGAGCAGCUUCAUGCAGUGGUGCUGAAAGGCUACAACAUAUUAGGCGACGGAACCCCAGCGGCUCUGUUUCCGAUUCUGACAGGGAAAAGCGAGUUGGAAAUGCCUGAUACGAGGAAGAAGACGAAGAACUACAAUACAGCCAGCGACAUGCCUUUCAUAUUCUUCAAAUUGAAGGAAGAAGGCUACCGAACACUAUACUUCGAAGACACGCCGACAUACGGCACCUUUCAGUAUCGCUUCAACGGGUUCCGUAGCCAACCCGCAGACCACUACUUGCGAGCUUUCUUCUUGGAAGAACAGUCAUCCAAAAACAAAUGGUGGAUGUUUUGGAAGAACAAAUACUGUGUAGGAGACACACCGCAGUAUAAACUCAUGAUGAAUCUCACUAACCAGUUCUUUCACCUCGAUGGCAAGAAAUACGCGUUCACAUUCGUAGCCGACAUCACUCACGAUGACUUCAACCAGAUCUCCACGGCUGAUGAUGAUUUUGUCGAAUUCCUGAAAUCGCUCAAUGACAAAGAAUUAUUGACAGAUACUUUGUUACUCGUCAUGGGCGAUCACGGGCCUAGAUUCGCAAAUGUCCGAAACACGUACCAGGGCAAACUGGAAGAGCGACUGCCUCUGAUGGCGAUAGUGCUGCCCUCUACGUUGAAGUCUCAGCGACCCCAAGCUCUCGAUAAUCUCCGACAGAAUGUCGACGUUCUCACUACACCGCACGAUAUAUACGCGACUGUUCUAGACGCGAUGGGUUUGAGGAAAUACUGGAACCCAUAUAAAAUAAAUGGCGCGGAUCUGCCCAGGGGUAUGACUUUGCUUGAGCCGAUACCUCGCAAUCGUUCGUGUAGCGAAGCGGGCAUUGAGCCUCAUUGGUGCGCGUGUCUCUCGUGGAAGCCUGUGCCGACGUCGGACCCGCUCCAUAGCAGAGCGGCCGAGGCGCUCGUCCAAUACAUCAACGACCUGACAGCGCCUGUCAAGCCUCUGUGCACUCUUCGCACCCUCUCCUCCGUGAAAUGGGUUAUGAAGCAAAGGCCUAAUAGUCGCAUGCUAUCGUUCGUGAAAUCCAGAGACACGGACGGCUACGUGGGAAAGUUUGGCCAAGAAAUUAAGUUGAACAGGGAAACGUAUCAAGUUAAGCUCACUGUCAACCCUGGGCUAAGCGACUUCGAAGCAUCCAUGACUUAUGUAGCUGCAGAAGACAUGUUCCAUGUAGACUACAGAGAUAUAUCUAGGACGAACAGAUAUGGCAAUGAACCAGCCUGCAUAAGCAAAACUCAUCCGCACCUAAACAAAUAUUGUUACUGUGCUAGAUUACAAAGGGUGAAAACCACAUUGAAGCGAGUGUUGUUUGUCGAAGCAGAAAAGGGAGGUCUAUGCCCCUCAAGGAAAGAAAGAGAAAAGCGCACUAGAAUAAUACACGAAGAGAAGCGGGACAAGUCGUCUCUUAUCGCGUGCCGCCUUUUACUAUGUCCAGCCUACCGCGCUAUACGAACCACCAUGAUGUUCAUGGCAAUUAUACCAAUAUUAGUCAUCACCCAAGCUGCCGUUAUAAAAGAAGAAGAAGACAAAGAAUGUGCAGGAGUUAAAAUCAACAACGUUUACUACAAUGAAGAAGUCCUUAAAGAAGAUCUUGACAGGCCAUACCUCCUAGCUAUGGACCGUAGCAAAAACAUUCUAUACUUCAGUUACAAUAUUGUGGAAAAUUCAGACAACUUCAUAUCUGCGAGACUUGAUCUUAAAACAAAAGAAUUUAAAACUAUUGACGAUGUUAGCAACGGUUUUGCACAAGCUGUUGAUCCUGUCACACACGAUGUUUACAUAGGUGGGAGUGAUGGGCUUUAUAAAUACGAUUAUAACACACACAAAUCUGAACCAAUCGGUGAAAGAGGAAAUGAUAUUUGGAAUGUAUUCUACAAAGAUGUCUUAUAUUUCUCAGUCUUCCCUUCGCAGUUUUUAUACACACUAUCAAAUGGUGAAGUGACACGGUUUACAGAUUUACAAGAUACUAAAGUUGAUCACUUUAUAAUAGACUCCAAAGACAUAAUGUACUUCACUAACGCAACAGGCUUAUAUGGAAUGAAAAAAGGUACAUCAAAAGCAACAGUUUAUAAAGAACAAGCAAGAACUGAUAACGGAAUUAGAGGAUUGGCAACUGAUGUUAAUGGGAAAGUCUACGUUUGUUUGCAAAAUGGAAUAUUUGUCGUAAAUACAGAGACGAGUUCUUUAGAUAUACAUGUAGAGGUUGAUGAUGCGUUUGGCUUGGCAUUUGAUAACACUAACAACUUGAUAUAUUCAGAUGCCAAGAGGCUUGUGCGACUAACGCCUAAAAAUGACAGCUCUUGUUAAGUUUCGAGUGAUAAUUUUUUUUAUUAAUUUUAUUUAUGUGAAGUGAAAUAAUAACAUGUGGUUAUUUAUA